CGACACUUUGAUCAGACAAUGGGAUGGCAGGCGUGCUGGUUGACGGUCUUCCUGGCCGCCUGGUUAUGCUGCAAUUCCGUGGUGCGUGGGCAAACUUGUUCGCUAUCCAGCUCCAUCACAAAAGCACCUGGCGUCGUGCAGGACCGGGCGUCCCCGUCGGGGUUGUAUGCGGCGUCGAUGGAAUGCCACUGGCAAAUCUCCUCGACCCAGGCCAAUACGGUGGUGGAGCUCACGUUCGACCUGCUGAAUCUAGUGCAGUACCGAGGCAGCAACAACGACGUCCUGUUGGUCAACUUGGGCAGCUCCAAACCCGGGGCUUCCAUUCCAAAAGGAUGGGCGGCGUACAGGAGACACCAGGUUAGCGCUGGCACCGAUGAUAUUGGGGCGUGGGACUACACUUCUUCAAACGGUGGCACGAACGUGUGUCCGGCCACAUCCUUUGACCCGGUUACCACCGACUUGACCACAGGGUCGCUCUUGACCGACCCCCAGCGCAACCUCACGUGGAUCUACUUCACGGGCGCGUAUACGCCGGAUACAGACAACGCCAUGACACUUACAUCUAGUGCGUCCGACGUGUACAUUGUUUUCCGAUCGUUCAUCCAGGGGACUGACACCUCGACGACCUACGGAUUUCAGAUCCGAUAUGACUUUGUGCCGUCCUACUGUGCCCCUGCGACGGUCCUCUCACCUCGCGUGGACGUAUCUGACACGAUCACCACGUCGGCGUCAUACACUGUUCAAGACAAUGUCGUGGGGCAGAUGCAGCCCAAUAUCACGUGCGUGUGGCACCUCCAGCCGUUUCGGCUUGACGCUAGUGGCGACCACUUGGGCAUGGAUGCAGUGUGGAUAUCCUUUACCAGUUUCGACUUGCAAGGCGUCUCGGGGCUCGCCAUAUACGACGGAGGGUCUGAGAGCGCUCCGUUGUUAGCAUCGUACAGUGUCCACAACGCCCCCCAAGGGCUAGUGAUAACUACCCAAGGAACAGCGUAUCUCAAGCUCUCUACGGACGCCAACGCUCGCUCCAGAGGCUUCACCAUGUCGUGGAGUACCUCAUUCUGCCCGUACAAGUGCUCGGGGCCUUCGCGGGGUGUGUGCCAAUAUGGCCACUGUCUGUGCGCCAAAGGCUGGAGUGGUGCGUCGUGUAGUGUUCCCCAAGGCUGGUUCUGCACAGAUUCUCACUAUAACUCCACCGACGGAUGCGACUGUGGCUGUGGCCUCUACGAUCCCGACUGCGACGCCAUUGGUGAAACCAACCAGCCCAAACUGUGUACUCCCUCAACUUCCACGGCUGCGUAUAGUGGCAGCCAGGGCAAACUGUCCACGGGGGAAUGCUUAUUUUGCACGCUGCCUCCGUCGCUCCCUGCGCCUAAAUCGCUGCCGAUGGUGACGUGGGAUGGCGACUACAUCGAGCAAUCCUGUCCAUUCAAUUACCAAUGUCCACAGGGGAAUGUAUGCACCACGACUGGAAAAUGUGUGGCUGUGCUGCCAGACAGCAGUCCUGUCUUGGGUAGCAGUAGUUCGUACAGAAAACAAUGUGUGGCUACGAGCGACUGCCCGGCGUUUACAGUGUGCGAUACCGACACUUUUCAAUGCGAAGCCCCCGACAGCUUGGGUCUGUCCCUGACGCCCCCCUCCACCGUUUGCUCCCUAGUGGGGCUUACCAACACCUCGACCUUUCUCGGCCUUACGAUCGAAGUUCGCCUUCGACUUGCCAGUGCACAGCCCUCCGACACCAUCGUCGCGUAUCCUGGGUUGAGUAUCACUCAUAGCUCAUCACUGGCAUUUUCAGCUUCCAUUUUGGGUGCUUGGAACUCCGACGUGAACAUCGCCGACGGGUUGUGGCACGAUGUGGCUUGGGUGUGGGACAACGUCCAAGGCAGCAUGACGUUGUAUUCAAAGCAGACCGUUCUAGCGACUACUACGGUUGCACCCAGUGUACCCCCACUUGCACCCAACCAAGCACUGACAUUUGGCUCGGCUGACGGAGCUGUAGCCUACUUUCGGAUGUCGUCCAUUGCGAAGCCGGCUUCAACUCUAUUUGCACCUACCUCGUCGUCAGAUAGCCCGUCGGUAGUCGCUGAAUUCAACUUUGGCCAAGGGUCCACAAGGGAUUGGAGUGCAAACCAAAACGAUUUGACUGGCUCCCCAUCCUUGAUCGUGUCGCCUUCAAGUGUUUAUGCUUGUGUGGCGUAUCCUCUGGACAUUUCCACUAGCUUUACGACGGGGAUGGUGCUUUCUGUGACUGGGAUAGUUUUGUCUACAACGUGGGAAGUGGGAGUAAAAGCCGCCAAUGGUAUCGCACUGUUGCAAGUCACUUCGGUCACUGCCAAGUCAGUCCAAGUGCUGGUGGAUACCGUAGCUGUGACUUCGCUAGCUAUUGCCACCCCUGUAACCUCCAAUCUGUCGAUUCGUCUACAGAAGCUAAGCCCCACAUCAAUUGAAAUCUGCAUCAACGACGUUUCCUGUGUGAAAAUCUUGCCUUCAACCACCCUGGCGUCGACAUUUUACGUCGCCCAUGGUGGCUUCACCUCCACUUGUGUGACUCGUGCUGAUUCUUUAACAGCGUUGGCGCCACUGGUGGCAGUUCCCACACUCACCAAAGACACCCGCGAAGCCUGCAUCUUUCCAUUUACCCUCCCCCUGCGAGACUGCACUGCGUUCGAGUCAUAUGUAGCGACCAAGGCGUAUAACGCGGCCGCGUUUGUUGCCGUGGCUAAACCAUACGCCUAUGCAACCUUGGACCAGCUCGUUCAACCCUGCCAGUGCAACACGAUGCCCCCUUGGAACACGUCGAAUUACGUCAUCACGAGGGUGAAUUCAACGGCCCCUCCCUCAGUCACGGUGCAGAUAACGUACAAUUACAUCAAGACCCAAGUCACUGCCGGGGGUCCACAGACCAAUCAGUGCGCUAGCCAGUGCUUCUUCAUAGAAAACACAAACCAAGGACCUCCGCUUACCCCCGCCCUGCCAUUCAAUAGCUCUGCCAACGCGACCUUUGUGUCUGGAACGACUGCGAAACGAUACACCAUGACGCGCGAGUUUAUGUUUCAGCAGGAUGCACACAAUAUAUGGCAAGUGGUAGGGACCGGCGUCGCCCGGACGGAGCGGUGCGUGGUGGAAGGACCGGACGAGGCGGUUGUCGCCACUUCCGUGUCAGUCUUCUCCUGCCAAACCAUCGGGGGUUCUGCCUCUGACCCGCCGUCCCCCCAGCCCUAUUGCGUGCUGCAAAACACCAAGAAAACAUGUUUAGCCGAACAGAAUGGCUGCGGAAUCGAGAACGGCCAAGUCGUCUACACUUCGACAGGGGGGUCCUUUGAAGAUGGCUACGAAAGCAAUAGCGUUACGGAUGGAGUGCAUGAAUGCACGUUCAAUAUCUACCCAGCAAUCCACCCAAAGGCGCUGGAACCAUUCGCAGUGCUGACGUAUGUCGUACCCAAGUCUCAACUUGGGCAAGGUGAUGUGUUGGCAGUCACGACAUCUAUUGGCACGUCGGCGAACUUGAUUUCGGGCUCGACCGUCAGAACAUUGAUGCAACGCGAGGCUGAGUUUACACUCUCGACGGCGGGCGACAAGUCAGGGACACCUGGCGAUGGGUUUAUCGUCGAAUUCGACACUGUGUACUCGUUUCCAACAGCUCCAACAGCGCAUUUCUGUUCGAAUGCAGUUACGACACUAUCUUUUCAAGACUCGGUGGUAUUUCCCACCUACAGCUUUGACAAUUCCACGCUAGUCCUUUCACCAAAUAGUAUCUCUAAUUGCGACUUUAUCCUCCAAGCUGCCAAUGCGUCAGCUGGCAGUGUCGUGUGGGUGCAGUUUCUCAGCUUGGCCUUAACCUCAGACCGCAUUGACCUGUUCGAUCUGAAUGCAGAUUCUACCCCGUCCUCCUUGCUGGCUACGAUCACAAGCACGAGCUACAGCGUGGAGCAUUCGGCUGUGGACUUCAAUGGCGCGACAGACUACUUGGUCUCUGAUAUGCCAGUGGAAGUUCCGUCGAGUAUUCUGUUUUGGAUCCAAGUGGCGAGUACCCUGACUGCAGAUUGCACUGUGGCUAGCGCUUGUUUGACCAACAAUAUACCCAAGCCAAUGAAAGUGCUGGGCUCGGACAACCACUUCCCUGGGUUUAACGUCGUGCUCGCCCCGGACACGGGCGUUUUGUCGGUUCAGUUCAAUACCGGCAGGUCGUUUUCCCUCCUCUUUGACGUGCGGCUUAGCUCGUGGCUCCACGUGGCUAUCGUUCGACGCAAUUCCGACCUGUUUGGGUACAUUGACGGAACGCUCGUGCCUGUGGCCUCUGCCGCCACCACCUCCAAUGCUACUACUACCACUACUAUAAGCCAAGGUCUGCUGUACAUUGGUGGCCAGCCGAGCCUACCCGAUGCGACCAACAUCUACUUUAGUGGCCAGCUACGCCACGUCGUUCUAUUCAGUGAGCCCAAGACCGUGUUUGAGAUCAAUCGACAGAUGAAUUUGCCGUGCGAGGAGUCGGAUGUGUCGUUGGUGGUGUGUUAUUCGUUUCAAACUCGGCUGGAUUUGAGUCGAUUUGCCAACCAUUUGCAUUUCCACGGCCCGUCGAUUCUGCAGUCGUCGGCUUUGGUGCUGUCGCAUAACCUGCGCAAAAUAUUCACGGCCAACUCGUCCAAAGUGCUGCUACGAUAUUCCUCACCGACGUCGUCCGCCACCGCCGACGCGUUUCGCCUGGUGGCAUGGUCGACGUUUUGUGUCAUGCCCUGUUUCGGUGACUGCGAUGACAGAGGCCACUGCGUCUGCCGCCCAGGCACUUCAGGCCGUCAUUGCAACGUCACUAUUCCACCGUGUUCGAACCAUGUGAUUGUGCCGGAGGGAUCGGGGACCAUCACUCUCCCGAGUCCAUCGUCCACAGUGGUACGCGACCAUCAUUUCGUGCCCGAUAUCUCUUCACGAGGGGGCUUUGGGGCGCUCGUCGACUGUUCGUGGCACAUUCAGCAGUCCAACUCGAUCGUGAUGCUGGACAUGCAAUUGGUGGAUCUCACAGAUGAUAACGUCAUUCUAAGUAUCUACGAUGGAGAUCGAGUGGCUACCAUGUAUACUUCUGCGUACAACCUCAGCGCAGCCAUGGCGAUGGACCGCGCGGCGUUCUUUAGCCGAGGCCAAGUGCAGUACACCCAAGCCGUGAUUCGCAAUAUCUCGUCCACGGUAGCCCUAGCUACGUUGUGGCCAAGUACGUUCAACGCUUCCGCGUGCUCCAAGGUGUAUCAUGUGGUCACGUUUGAACGGGGAAAGGUCUGUGCGGACGCCUCCGCCGUGGGGCUCAGUCGACGUUUGGCUAGCGAAACCAUCGCCACCUUCUGGUGGACAUUGUCAUCGUCCGCGUAUGCCUCAGUGCUCACAACGUCGCAACUGUAUUUCAACUCGUUUGACCAAAACUCAGCUAACAUCACGGUGGAAUACCAUUUGCGACCCAUCGAUACCAGAAGCAACGCCGACACUUCUCCGUAUCCAGCGCUUUUUCGACUCCGACGACGGACAUCGUCGUUUUCGACAUGCAAGGACGGCAGCGACGUGAACUUGGAUGGGUUAUCCGGCCAACUUGCGGAAUUUACCUCCAUUUUGAGACCUGAUCUAGGCACGAGUGGGUACACUGACCAGUGCCUUGUGACGCCCCUCUUUGACUACACUGGCAACUGGGCGAUAGACGCGUCCAAAUUGUACUACGGGGCGUUUCGCACCAAGUUUGUGCUCGACCAAGUGCAAUCGAUACCGUUUACGAUGGUCGUUCAAGCAGAGGUGGUGCUGACCACCAAAGAUCAGUACAUAUUCAGCCAAGAAAACCAAGCAGUUGGGUCUAUUUUCCUCAAGUUUGCUCCCACCACGAAAGCGUCUGGCGUGUGGAUCUUUGGAACCGUCGGCCAAAACGACGGCGUCGCAUCCACGAAUCCAACGUCGUUCACGGGCGAGUCGGUGCACUUGGCCAUCACUGUAGUCAGCGGGGUAUGGACAUAUUACGUCAAUGGCGUCAGACACUCGACUUUGAACACCGUCACAAACUACCAAACAUGUGUGGCCACAGGACGGGCGUCGUGCCAGCUGCCCAUAUUGACGUUCUCGGACGUCCAGAAUCGACUCGUGAUUGGGGCCACCGUAUCGAAUGGUCAGGGCGACGGGUUCUGGAUCGGAACGAUCCAACGCGUAAAGGUGUACGAGUCUGCGUUGAGCGAGGCUAUCAUUGGUUGCUUGGCGGGCGGAAGCAGGGCCACUGUGAUACAGUCCACUGUGGUGAACGCCGUUGCAUCCUCAACCAACAGCACUACCGCCACAUUGAGCACCAUCGAUAUCACGACGGUGACUGUCCAGGCCACCAGUGUCAUCUCGCGACUGGUGCGGGAGUGGACGCUGGUGAGGUCGCCGUGUCAAGUUCCCCCCACAUCGCUCCAAUUGGAUGGGAAUGCCGUCGCUUACAUGUUGAAUGUGCCUGACGUGCAGCUAUCAUCAUCGUUGGUUUGGAACUCAUUCGACGACACAUUAGCCCAACUGUCGUGGCGAAAUGGCUCGUUCUUCAGUCAAAGUACUUUGAAACGGAGUAAACGCUACGGGUUUGGGCUCACCACCGAGCUCAUUGUGCGUCUCUUGACCGAGUAUGGUAAUUUGGUGGAGAACACGCCGUACCACAUUACCAGACUGUACGUCAACUCUGUUGGUCCUACUGGUGCUGUCGUGAGUUUUACACUGACAAAUGUAUUUCGUUCCUCUGUGGAUGCAAAAGCCACCCUCGUCCGGUUCAACGAUACGUGGCUCGUGCCAGCAUCUAUCGAAAGACUGGUCCCCCCAGACUUUGGCGUAGUUCCCCCUGUGAAAUGCAUCAGCUCCACCAAUUUUACCGCCUCGGCGGGGUACUUCUCGGACGGGCAGCCCACGGAAACGUCCCCAAGUGUCCACGAUACGCUGUGUAAGUGGGAGAUACAGGCACCUCCAGCCCAGACGAUUCGCUUGCAGUUGGACUUGUUUAACAUUGACUGCACUGAAGGCGUACUGCUCUUGGUGGAUUUGGACACGGCCGUUUCCACUGCUCUCUGCGGGAAUAUCACUACCCGAUCGAUUACGGUAGGAAGAAACAUGCGCUUUGUAUUCGGCAUCGGGCCAGCUACAGGCCCCCAACCGACCAAAUCCACGGGAUUUUACGCCAAAUACUGGUUCUCGGGACACAAUUCAACACAAAACACGACGGACGUUCCAGCUACGUACUCCAACUGGACACUGGUGGAGACUAGCCCCACGACGGGAACUUCGCAGUGUCAAGUGGAUGCCAGUGCUGCCUUGUCCCCUCUCUAUCCGUGGCAAGUGCAAAGUGUGAGCUUGACAUCGAUAUUUAAUCGAACUUGUUAUGCCACGGAAAUGCAAUCGCCCAAUAUAUCGCAAUGGGACGUGGAAUCUGUCGAUUAUGACGGUGGCAGCCCCACGUGUUUACAGUGGGAACAUGAUGAUUCCAUGCCUUGGACAGCCACAGACGUUCAAAUCAGUCGCACCAACGACUUGACUUCCAUACCCCCCCCUACUUUGGUCACCCAGUCCUCACCCGCGUUGGAGCUGACUUCGCACUCUUCUAUCCCUCUAAUUCCAUUCCAAUCCACGAAAAGCAGUGCCGAGAUCCGCUUUCAGUCGCAAGGGAGGGGGGGUCGUAGUCGAGUGGUGGUGGCUUACUCGACGCGGAAAGUGUACUAUGUCGCGCCUCCGAGCUACCGCCCUGCCGAUGGCAGCAUGGGCGACGGCAGCCUCGACGCCCCCUUCACUACCGCCUUUGCCGACUUGUUUGCCAAUGUAUUGAGCGACGGGGACCUAUUGCGAUUGUUCCCAGGGCGGUAUUCCGGCUCGUCAUACUGCAAUCUCGUAGUAACCAAGGCGGUGGGGGUCGACUCUAUCGGGGGACCUGAUAGAACCAUCGUCGAUUGUCUAGGCACCUUUCGGGGGUGGCAGCUUGCCCACGUUCGCGGGCUAACCACCAUCACUGGCAUCACAUUCACCCAAUGCACGGUAGCGUCUAAUGUACAUGGCGCGGCGCUAUGGAUAUCUGGUCCUACGGUGCUACACCAGUGUCGAUUCGUGCACAACACUGACGGCAUCGGGAUCGUGGCGGUGGUGGCCCCCAGCGCCAGUCGCCUAGUCGACUGCGAGUUUGAGCUCAACGUCGGCAGAAGUGCGCUGGCCAUUCUGUCUGCGACUGUCACCGUAGCUGACAGUCGAUUUCUCAACAAUACCUCAACUGGAACGGAAGAAAUUGUUGUUGUAACGAGAUAUGAAGGCACGGGAGGAGCCAACGUCCUCGGCAACCCAGCCUCCGCCACGGUGUCCAAUUGCACGUUUGCCAGGAAUUCUGGCGCGGCGGCGCUGGGGUUGAAGUUCUCCAGCAACGCCGUCGUGACCAACUGCUCGUUUCUUAGCAACCAGGCGGGUGGAAUCACCGUGUUUGCCGCCAUGCUGGUAUUUACGUUCAAUAGUGCGCAGGACAACAAUACAACUGGCCUGCUUGGGACUGUGAGGGGCUCCAUCACGAGUAGUUGGAAUGUCUUCGACUCGAAUCGAGCAGAUUACGGCGGAGCCGUAUUCGUGACGGCCGCCACGUCAUGGAAUGGAUCGUGGAAUGUAUAUCAAAACAACGUGGCAACAGUUGCAGGAGGCGCCAUGUAUGGCACUCCGGACAAUUUUGUGGAAUCGCACAGCAGCUUUCUGAGCAAUUCCGCCGGACCAGACUCUUCCACGACAGACGUCGCGACCAAGUUCACAGGCGGUGCCAUCUCGUUUCAAAACGGAGCCCACAUUGACUUCAAAAGUAACCUCUUUCGCGGCAAUUCUGCGUCCACAGCCGGUGGCGCCAUCUACCUCCAAUCCAGCAGUGCCACCAUUCACUCGAAUCAAUUUGACCAAAACACAGCGAACGAUGGAGACGGGGGCGCGGUGAUGCUAGCCCAGUGCACUCAACAAGGCGUGACCUUUCAGUCCAAUUACUUCGUGGCCAAUGAGGCGUCCAACGGGGGUUCUGUUGCGCUGGACAGUUCGACCUCCGUGACGCUCGACGGCGACAGAUUUGACGCCAGUCUGGCGUUUUUGUAUGGAGGCGCCUUGUACUCGACCAGUCAGUCGGAAGUCCAACUCGUGAAUGUGUCGAUUCUGAGGGGGGUGGCGGACAACGGAGGUGGCGUCUACGCGACCACCGACUCGAUUGUGACGAUAACCAACUCGACGUUUGCCAGGUGCUCCAGUCGGUUCGACGGCGGCAGUAUCUACGUCAUAAACCGCGUGUUUUUGCAGCUGUAUCAAGUGCAGUUUGACCACAGUUCUGCGCUGGGCAACGGAGGUACCCUCGUAGCUAUGUCCCAGCGCACCCAACUCGUCAUGAUGAACGUCGAGAUGGUCCACUCCACCGCCGACAAGGGGGGCGCCGUGUACCUGAUCGACUGCAAAGUCUCUCGGGGGAAUGUCCACGGGCUUCGGAUUGGACAGAGCGUGGGGCGGGUCAUGGGGGGAGCCAUCUACGCGGUCCUGGUCGAGAUGACGUUAUCCAACUUGGUGACGUGGAACACGUCGUCUGUCAACGGAGGGAUGCUGUCGCUGGAAGAUUGCACCGCUACAAUCAUCGACUCGGAGGUUCAGUUGGCCACAGCCGUGGUCAACGGGGGCGCAUUUUACGCGAUUGUGUCGACUCUGACCUUGAUUUCGACAUAUCUCGAGAGGAAUGCUGCGGCGAAUUACGGCGGGGGCGUGUACGGAUUUGCCAGUACACUACACGUGACGGACGGGUCGGUGAUUUCCAUGUCCACGUCCAACUUUGGCGGUGGGGUGUUUGCUGCUAGCUCCACCGUGUACCUGGACGAAAUGACAUUUGAGGGCAAUCUAGCGGCCACAGGGGGGGGGCUAUGCACAGACAUGUCGGAUGUUUGGGCCACAAAGUCGACGUUUGACGGGAAUGUGGCCAGUGACAUGGGCGGAGGCGGGUACAUUUCAUACAAUUACGUUCAACUAGUCAAUUCCACCAUCGUCGAGAACGAAGCGAGGCAAGGAGGGGGGCUCUAUCUGACCAAACUCAACGGCUUCGACAUCCAUGACUCCAUAAUUUCCCAGAACCGACUCAACCACGAACUCCGCGCGAUCGGCGGGGGGCUGGUUGUGAUUCAGCUCGGAGCCAACGCCGCUAUUGGCAAUUCCACCUUGGAAGGCAACGUUGGGGGCGACGACAGCCAAGGCGGGGCCGUAUACGCAGACAACUCCGGCGUCACAUCCAACUCCACAGUUACUAUUCGAAUCGACAGUGCGAUAUUUAAGGGGAAUGCGGCGGGGGCGGGGGGCGCCGUGUACUUGACUGCGAUGGCCGUAGAUUUCAUUCACACGGUAUUGCAAGCAAACUUGGCUCGAACAGGUGGCGGGGGUGCAGUGUACUGGCAGGGAAAGGCCGAGCCCGGGGGGUUGCAAAGUCAAUCGUUCAGUCUGAACCAAGCGUACUGCGGGCCUGACUUUGCAUCGACCCCAUACGCGUUGCAGCCAGUGUACACGGUUCCCAGUACGGUAGAGGAUUGGGCGGGGGAGGCCAGUGGCCAGCCGUUCGAAGGGACUUUUCUUGUCUAUGUGGUGGACCAAUACAUGCAAACGGUGAAGACUGACUAUUCCGUGCUCGUGGCUCUACAGAGCGCCACGUCAGGGGCGUUUGUGACUGGCGCGUCUCAAGCGACCGCCGUCGCUGGCGUCUGCGAUUUCAAAGGCGCAUCGGUGCAGCAACUCCCAGGGCGGUCCAUCACGAUCACCGUGUCGUCCCCUUCCCUCCGCGCGCUGGGCAACGUGACACUUCCCGUCCGCAAGUGCGUUCGUGGGGAAAUGAUCCCCCUCGGGGUGUCCCAGUGCAUUCGCUGCACCUUUGGCAAGUUCAGUUGGAACACAAGUGAUACCAUUUGCCACGAUUGUCCCACUGGCGCCGUCUGCGGGGGCGGGGACUCUGUGAUUGCAUUGGAGGGGUACUGGCGUUUUGCCAAUUCCACGGGAGUUUGUCCCAAUUUGGACCUCCCGUACGACAACUGCAAGCUCAACGUCUGCCUCGGCUCGAGUUGUGGGGGGUAUGUCGCAGCCGCCCACACCGCCACGGUCCGGCUAGACGGCCCAAACAACUCGAUGGUACUGAGUUUGAGCUCAGGGGAAGACGCAUCCGCCAGCUAUUCCGUGGCCGAUCAGCUGUUCGUGGUCGGCAAGGUGGUCACCGUUGUGGGCACUGCCAACGACCAAGUGUACGUGACUGGCGACGACGAGCUGCCGACGGAAGGCAGUGUCAACAUCUUCUGGCCGGCAGACCAAGUAUGCAGUGACGGGUACACUGGCAACUUGUGUCUGCAGUGCGCCCGGGGGUUCACUCGCAGUGGCAAGAGUGCAUGUGUGGCAUGUCCGGCCAAUUACACCCUGACGAUCUUGGUGUUAAUUGGGGGGGUCUUUGCCGUGGUGGUGAUUGUGGUCGUGCUCAUCCGCAUGGCGAUCAACAAGGCCAAGAAGAAGUCCAAUCUGACGUCCAUCUUGACCAAGAUCUUCACGUCGUACCUGCAGCUGAUCAUCCUGGCCGAGUCGUUCAACGUGGACUGGCCCAAGGAAGUUCUCGCCAUGUUUCGCGUGCAGGGCGCCGUGGCGAGUCCUGGCGACAAGCUCAUCUCGAUGGCAUGUCUGCUGGACUACUACACCCAAGAUGUGUCGUAUGUGGCCAGCUUGAGCGCGUAUUACACGCAGCUGGUCCUGUAUUUGUGUCUGCCAGUGUGUGGCGUGGUCUUCCCCGCGAUCUACUGGACGACUCGAUACCGAGCUAUUCGACGGCGCCACCACGCCAAGGACUGGGUCACGGCGGUACAGCCAGGAACCCUGGACCUGGUGUCGAUUGAAUCUGUGGACAAGUUGUUUGAAAGCGUGGGGGAAAAGCCGAGUGAUCUGGUGCUUGUGGUCGUUCACUCGUUUGUCCAGCAAACGCCAGCUCCUGUAGCCAGUGUCAAAGCCGCCUAUUUGGCCGCCAUCAAGAUGGAAACCCGAGCCAAACUCGUCGUCAGCGUCAUCGUGAUCAUGUUCCUCAUCCACCCGAGCCUGACCAACCACUUGUUUCAAAUGUUUGCCUGCACUCAACUAGGCUCAGACGAGACCGGCGCCCCCCUCUACUUUCUGAAUCCAGACCUGGACGUCAAGUGUUAUACAGCAUCGCAUUUUCGGUGGAUGUACUGCGUGGGCAUUCCAGCACUCAUCGGGUUUACAUUGGGCAUCCCCGUGUUUGCCUUGUACGUUGUCUACAGCUGCCGGCAUAACCUCGACGACCUCAGCACCAAACUCGAGUAUGGGUUUCUCUACAUUGGGUUCCGACGGGAGUACUUUUACUGGGAAAUCUGGGUUAUGACGCGCAAGAUCCUGGUGUGCUUUAUCGCAGUGUUUUUAAAACCCCAGGGCACGGGGCCCCAGGCUCUAGCCGCCACCGUCCUGGUCUUUCUUGGGUUAUAUGUGCACAUGGACUGCCAGCCCUAUGAAGACAAGCGCGUGAAUCGCCUCGAGCAAAUGGCCCUAGUGACGUCGCUGUUUACGAUGUUCUGUGCAUUGUUCUUAUACCAGGUCGAAGUCGUGGGGGUGUCCCGCGUACUCUUUGGGGCGAUGGUGAUUGCAGCCAACUGCGUGUUCAGCCUCGAGUUUAGUCGUCUGAUGGCAAUGGCGUUGAAGGACAAGGCAGUGGGGGCUAUGAGUAAACUGACGCAGCUCAAAGCAUUGCAAAACGCUGUCCAUGGGAUCCAGGCCACGCGGCGCCUCACCACGACCGACCGCAAGGUGUAUGUGUCCCAGACACCUAAACUAGGCUAGAAAUGCAGGCAUUGUUUCCCAAAACUCAUCAGGCCUACGAGUACUAUUAAUAACUGUAUGCGGGAGUUAUAUUAUUUCUUCG